GAACCGAGGUCGUCGCGACAACAUCGGAAUUUUCCAACCGGCCUUUUCUGGACCAGGUGGAAUGGACUAUUGAAGGACUAUUUGGUUUGGAGGUUGUGUUAUUUGUGAAUGGACCUGAAGUGAACUUUAUGGAGGAAGGAUUUUUUUGGUUGUUGUGUCGUGCCGGAAAGGACAUUAUGUAACAAUUAAUAUCAAUUAAGGACUAAUUGAAUCAAAUUGGUGGAAAGGAGGAAAAACAGUGACAAAAAUUGUGGUUUAUAGUGCAGUCCCAAAAGUUGCACCAAAUUGGAACGAGUAAAAUGUACAAUUUUGGAUUAAAUCUGUGCAUUUCGGAAUUCGGAAACGGGAAAACUAAGGCAAUUAAUUCUGGCUGCAAUCGCGUGGAAUAAAUUGUGGUUCUUGUGGCUUGGUAGCUCCACUUCCGGAAGAUAAAACCUCGGGUUUGUUUUAAUCACUGCUUUAACACAAUGCAUCGCCCAACUGGGACACGGCCGGGGGAGCUGGUUGUGGGUUUGGCAGCGCGUUCAAAAGUGCAAUUUAGUGUGUGAAAUUGUGAGUGGCUCAAUUGUGAAACGGUGGCGCUGGGGAAGGACCCUUGAAGAGAGUUUGAAGUGCGGUGCAGCAAGGUUGCCAGCAGACCAAGUUAGUGCAGUGGAACGAAAUUGGCAGAAUUGGAUGGGGGAAGAGAGCCCGAAUGUUGUUUGGUGAUUUAUGAUAAUAAAUAUUGCAUAAUUUGCGCCGUGGCCGAGGCCGAUCCUGGGACCGAGUAUCGGAAUGUUUUCCGAGCUGAUGAUGGGGUGGUGUGGAAUAGGGUACAGCUGGCAACUGCAGUGAAGGUGAUGAGGAAUUCACCUAAUCCAAUCUUAAUUGAAAUUGGGUUCCCAGGCAUUCCUUUUCGGGAAAUUGUUUUCCCAGCCUGCUAGUCAUCCGAGGCGAGGCCUACUUUGCCCCAAGAGGUGGAGAACCACUUCCAGUAAAUCAUUUUGGGACAGCAACCUUUGGUCCCCGGGACGUUCUUUUUUUUGUGCUGGUGUGCCUUGAAAGAGGGAAAACAUUUGAGGAAGAUCGUCGACGGGUAUUAUAUUUAGUACACUUGCUGGAGGGAAAUUAAUCGGGAAAAAAGUGCGAGCAAGGAUAUUUAUGGGGGGUUGAGUGCAAAAGAAGAAACAAUUUACGAAGAAGAAGAAGAUUUAAGGGGAAAUUCUGAACUGCCUGUUUGAACAAUUGUUUAACAAAGUGACAAAGUGAUACAAGUUCAUUGAACCGGCACAGUUUGCUUGCAGCUUGGGUGUGUUUUUUGUCGUGAAAAGCUUCACCAAUCUUGAGAAAACAUAUAGUUAGGAAAGUUGAAAAGGUGAAAAAUUUUGAAUUGUUGGGUUGAGCCGAAAAAUGUUUGGUUCCAAACUGCGAUCAUGGAUGGAAAAUCAUAUUGUACGCCCAAGGAAAAAAGGGAAUAAGAACAAAAGUGGCAACAGCAGUAAACCAUUUUCUUAUUUUCUUUUUCAGCGUCAACGGGCACGAGGUGGCACCACAACAACCAUCGGAAGUCCCGCGAGGCGUAGCGAAGUUUCGCCGAUUCAGAAUCAUACAACAAGCCGCCGUGGCUGGCAAUCGCCGAACCAGGACCAGUUGCCGUCGCUUUCGCCACGAUCCGACGACUAUCGCCAGUACCAAUAUCAGCAACAGCAAAACCAACAGCACCACCAACACUACCAACUACAGCAGCAACAGCUCCAAAGUCCUGCUCCGAUUUACGGCAACGGAACACUCCCGUCGGGAAGUGGCGGCGGCUACAAGCUAAGCAGCAACGGGUACAUUCCUAAUCAGAACCACCAGCAGGGUAUGAGCUCCUCACCGAGAAGCAUCACCAGGGACGGCUUCAGGACGCUUGAAGCAGGGGGAAACUACUCGAAGAGUGUUGACAGUGGGAAUUUCUCGACCGCCAUGUACGGGAUUAAGGAGGAAGGAUACCGGAAGUCGUCCGGCGGUGGUGGUUCCGGAGUGAUUUCCUCGGGGAAUGUGAUGGUCAACACGUUGAACUACUCGACGGCAACUAGUUCGAGCAAUGAGUUGUUGGAGGAUUUGCAGCACAUUGAGGCGAAUCGGUUGAAACGAGGCCAGCAUACGAAGAUUAGUUCCAGCUCGUCGAGUUCCAUCAACUCGAACAACAACAACUUGGUGAACAACAACAGUAUUGUUGGUAAUGGGAACAGUAACAAUGGCAGCUUGUACAUGAACAACAACGGAUUCGAGCAACAGCAGCAGCCGUCACGUGUUGUUUGCAAAAUGGCGCCAAUUGUCAAACAUCAACAGCAGGUGGUGGUUCAGCAGCAGCAUUACGGAAGCGGAAGCUGUGGAGCGUAUUACGAGCAGCACAACAGUAUCAAUAACAAUUUAGUGUACGGCAAACAUCCCCCGGUUCCCCCACCGCCGAUUCCGGCCAAGAGCCACGCCGUGACACAGCUGUCAAAGAACAGUAAUCGCCCCAACAACAACAAUAACAAUAACAACAAUGGCUUCGAAAUCUGCACCGUCACCAGUGGAGGUGGUGGCAAGAGUGGCCCAACCAGCACCAGCUCCACGCUGUCAACCUUCGCCAACAAGUUCCACAAAUUGACUGCGAAUCGCAACAGCAACAACAACAACAACUCUUUCGACGGCAAGCAGAACCACGUGAACAACAACAACAACGUGCACCAUCAUCAACCUCAACCCAACGGUCACCAUCACCAGCAUCAUCAUCACCACGCUCAAACAACGGUGGUGGUGGGACAGCCGGGCCAACCGGGAGGAGGUCAUCACAACACGACGCUGUCCUCGCCGGAGAGUGCUUACUCGACCGGAUACUCGUCCACCGAUGGGACGUCACCCGGUGGCUGCUCGUACACGCCCGAGUACUACAUCAACAUCCGGACGGGGACCCACUACUUCCCCAAGGGACUGACGGGAUGCAGCGGCCCGGCAGGAAGUGGUGCUGGUGCUGCUGGGGCAGGCGGUGGCAUCGGUGGAUUCGAGAACGGCAACAAAUUCAAAUGUGGCCUGAACCGAAUCGAGGAACGGCACGUCGAGUUUGCGGUCGAGGAGCAAUGUCCCUCGCCGAGGAAAAGCUCCGGCAGCGACCUGACCGCGACGACAAAAGCCAUCUCCGGGAAGGGCCAGUCUUCCGGUGGCACAACGACAACUAUUCUAAAGAAUGGACCCAGCAGCAACAACAAUCACAAUAAUAAUGGUUGCUUAUCACAACAGCAGCAGCAGCAGCAGACGCAGAUUCAGCAGCAGACGUUGCCAAAUGCAGUCGCGAUGAGUCCCGUCAUGCAGAAGAACCUCGGAAUGCAGCACUAUCGGAGCAUUGAAUCCCCUUCCCCACGCCAACGCUGUCGCAUCCGGACGAACCCGUGGCUUUCAACGCUGGACGGAUCGCUGGCCGGUACGAAUAUCAAGAAAACGGAACUGGACUCCGGCUCGACGACCUCCUCCGGCAUCAAAUCCAGCAGCGGCACCGAUGACAAUAAGAAGGACUCCAAGUCCGCGAACGCCCUGUCCGAUUCGGAUUCGAGCUCCUCGACGGAGAAGGUCAUCAGCAAGAAGAUGCUGACGCCGCGGAGCGUCAAGAAGGCCUGCGGGGACAUUUCCCGGCUGGACAGCAAGGCCACCACGUACUGCUCGAACCCGCUGGACAGCGACGAGGACGCGACGCUGAACGAGAUGAUGGGCAAGUUUGACGAAAGUUACCACUACGAGAAAGAGACUGAUAUUUUGAGCUGCAGCGACUCCGACCCGACGGACUGCCCGUCGGACAUCGACACCGGUCAGGACGCCGGGGACGAGUGCGACACCGAUGACCUGCUAGAUCUGGACUUUAUCGACACCGGUUCGGUGGUGGAGGUGACAGACAAGGAGCCAUACAGGCAUACCGGUAGCUGCUCGUACCACAACUUCCCGGAGCGCCGGUCUUCUUCGAGGCAUCGAUCUGGGCGGUGCAAACGGAACAGCGAAAGUGGUGGCUCCAAGCGGCGAAAAAAGCUCGUCAGGACGCGGAAGAAGUUGGCGGAGGGUGGGGAAUCGGGAAGUCCUGGUGGGUUGGCAGGGGGUCGAGGUUGUAGGAGUUUGGGAGGUACGCCGGUGUCGCACCGGAGAAACCAGUCGGAGGAACGGAGCCGGGAGAGAAAUGCUCCGUUGGCGAAUCGGUGCAACUCGUUGACGUUCACAGAGGUGCACUCGCUUCAUAGCAGGAUCUUGGCUAUUUCCGAAAGUGAGAAGGCGCUGUUGAAGGCUGAUUUGGAGGCGGACGUCAAGUACAAGCAGUUGAUCCACGAGGCCGAAUCGAUUCUGUUCUCGAUGAAGACCAACAGCAUGAAAGAGUUGAAGGAGAUCAAGGAACCACCGACGACGAUCUGCAGUCCGAGGAGGAUUUGUAACCCGCCGGCGAACAAACGGGUCGAAAUGUUGCGCAACUGUGAGGCAGAUCUUAAGCGAGAACUGGCCAAAACCUGCUCGCAGAAGUGUGCGGAAAGUGAACUCAACCCUGUUGAAGGAGUGAUCAUCAACAAGCGGCUCGAAGUUCUGCGCUACGAAACCUCAAUAUCCGCACCAAACAGCCCCAAGAACACCCGAAUGAUCCCGCGCAAGACCCACAUAACCAACUUCAUCAACCAAAACCACUGCACGGAAGUAAUUCACCGUAACACCGAAAACGACCUCAAAAGUGCCAAGCUAUCACUCCAACCCCAACCGAUCUACGAGCGGAACAUCGCCCUCCCAAAAUCCCCAACCCUCACCCGCCGUCGGUUCCGCAGCCAAAGUCCCAAGCUGAACAUCGAGUCCGACUCGGACUCGGACGAGCUCAGUCGCAACCUGGACCGCAACUCCCACUCCAAGAACAAAUCCCACAAGGAGAACCUCUCAACCUCGACCACUUCUUCGAGAAAAAGCAUUACAGGGAAACCGCUCAACAACUUCCGGCACACGAUCCACGUUGGCGGCAGUUCCACACCCGGUGAGGACAAACCGCCAACGUCCGCCGUAGUCUACUCCAGCUCGUUCAACGAGGGAGACAUGAAGCAGCAGCAGCGGUUGAUGCACAAGUCUCCGCUGAUGUCGUUCCGGUCGGUCGAUAUGGGCAACACGCUAACGGACGAUAGCUACUGUCCACAGAGUGAGCCGCUGAAGCGGAAGAUCUACACGUGCAGUGCGACGUUCGAGAAGAUUCAGCGCAGCUUGGACGUGGAUCCGGAACUCUCCAAGAAAGCUCUGCUACACAAGAUAACGCUGCUACGCCGCGAGCGCCUGGCAAAAUCCAAAGCUGAAAACGCGUGCCACCACCCGGGACUCGAACCAUCGUCAGCUUCAUCAGCGCAAAGCGUAACUCCGUCUAACGGCGACGCGGAACGUAACGGAGCCAAAAACGGCGAGCUUUCGCUGCUCAACGGAGAGCGAGUCGGACUUAAGCAGCAGCUGAUCAUGAGCACGCUCGCAGACAUCAAGCGAAGUCUCGAGGAUCAGAGCGUCGAGCUGAACGAGCUCAACGAUUCCGAUAAUUGAGGAAGUGAUCCCGAUUGCGCGGACAAAGGGAGGGUGGUAAUUAACCGAAAUGUGAUCGUUAAGUUGGAUUGUUUUUUGUGUUUUCGAAUAGCUCUUUAACUAUUUUUAAAAUCUUUUUCUUUUGUUUCAUUUUUUGCGGUGUUUGAUCAAAUCGAACGCUCGAACAAUUGUAGAACAAUUAUUUAAACUUUUUCUAGCAAAAAAUACAAUGAAUUUACUGUCGCGAAAGCAAACGAGAAUAAAAUUUAUUCAAAACAUACUUAACAAACAAAGCAGAGAGUGCGACAAACUCUCCAAGGUCUCUCAUUAAACUUAAAAUAUACACUCACAAAACAUACGCACCUUAACUGGUUAAGUAAAACAUUGUUCCCUCCGUCAUCAUCAAUCUGUAAAAUUGGAAGCGACUUCAACCUUACUUUUGAUACCGAAUCUCUUUCCUUCAACUAGUCAAACCCCGUAAACUCCUAGCAUACGUAGUAGCAAAAGUAUUAGAUCGUACCUUAUUUUAGUGAGAAAACAAAAGUCAACUCGUAGAAAAUGUGAACAAGAACUAGUUUUGUGAAUUGGAGCGUUUUUAAUUCAAAAUUGUAGAAAACCCAAAA